AAAUCGACCAUUACGCACAGCGCAGGAGCACUUUUUUUUGACCUUUCGCAAUCUGGAUCUAGGGUUUGCUCUUUUUUGAGAAUCGUUCUCUGCCAUCAUCUGAAAAAAAUAAGAAAGCCAAACCCUAGCACCACCUUGACUGGUAUAUCCAUCUAUCGAUCAAAUCAAUCGGAGCAAUUCUCACUUACCGACAAUCCUUGUAGAAGCGAAAGUUGUUUUUAGGGUUUGGAUUUUGGAUCAUCUCAAUUACAGAUCUAUUGUCUUAAAAUCUGAGCAAACAAGAUCCCUAAUUUUGAUUUGCUUUUGUUUGUAUGUGAUUUUUCCCCUCUCGACCUUUUAAAUUUCACAAAAAUGGGAUCAUAUCUAAAUCAUUAUGUUGACGACGAUGAUGGGUUUUGAUGAUGGAAACUCUUGUGACAUUCAAAAGGUGAAACUUUGAAGAUAAAUACUGGAGAUUUUGAUUAUUUUUGGUAAAGAUGUAUAAAUCGGCAGUGUAUAGAGGGGAUGAAUUACUUGGAGAAGUAGAAAUAUAUCCACAACAGCAACAAGAGGAAGAAGAAAAAGAAGAGAAUCACAACAAGAAGAGAGUGAUAAAUGAGAUAUUGACGGGGAAGGAAAUCAGAAUAAGCCAUUUUUCUCAACAAAGUGAGAGGUGUCCUCCACUGGCAGUGCUACAUACCAUUACAUGUGGGAUGUGCUUCAAAAUGGAGUCCAAGAAUUCACUCUCUCUUGACACGCCGCUUCAUCUUUUGCACUCCUCCUGUUUCCAGGAAAACAAGACUGCCAUAGUGCCACUAGGAGGGGAGGAGCUCCAUUUGGUGGCAAUGUAUUCUAGAAACAGUGAAGGACAGUAUCCAUGCUUCUGGGUUUUCAAUGUCUCAGCAGGGCUUUACAAUUCUUGUCUUGUCAUGCUGAAUCUCAGAUGUCUUGGCAUUGUAUUUGAUCUUGACGAGACUCUCAUUGUUGCAAACACAAUGCGAUCAUUUGAAGAUAGAAUAGAGGCUCUGCAGAGGAAAAUAAGCUCUGAGAUGGACCCACAGCGUAUUUCUGGUAUGCUGUCAGAGGUAAAGCGUUAUCAGGAUGACAAGACCAUUUUGAAACAAUAUGUGGAAAAUGAUCAGGUUAUUGAAAAUGGAAGGGUGAUCAAAACUCAGUUUGAGGUUGUUCCUGCAUUGUCUGACAAUCACCAAUCUAUAGUGCGCCCAUUGAUACGAAUGCAAGAAAAGAAUAUUAUUUUGACACGCAUCAACCCACAGAUUCGUGAUACUAGUGUCCUUGUGAGGUUGAGACCUGCAUGGGAAGAACUUAGAAGUUACUUGACUGCUAGAGGGCGCAAACGUUUUGAGGUUUAUGUUUGCACGAUGGCUGAAAGAGAUUAUGCUUUAGAAAUGUGGAGGCUUCUUGAUCCAGAGUCAAACUUGAUAAACUCAAAAGAAUUAUUGGACCGGAUUGUGUGUGUCAAAUCUGGUUCAAGGAAGUCAUUGUUCAACGUUUUUCAAGAUGGAAUAUGCCAUCCUAAGAUGGCAUUGGUGAUUGAUGAUCGCAUAAAAGUGUGGGAUGACAAAGAUCAACCUCGGGUGCAUGUUGUUCCUGCAUUUGCUCCGUACUAUGCGCCACAAGCUGAAGCAAAUAAUGCUGUUCCAGUGUUGUGUGUUGCAAGAAAUGUUGCCUGCAAUGUCAGAGGUGGUUUCUUCAAAGAAUUUGAUGAGGGUCUUCUACAAAGGAUAUCUGAGAUUUCAUAUGAAGAUGAUAUGCGUGACAUCCCUUCUCCCCCUGAUGUGAGCCACUAUUUGGUUUCAGAGGAUGAUGCUGCUACUUCAAAUGGACACAAAGAUCCACUUUUGUUUGAUGGCAUGGCAGAUGCUGAGGUUGAAAGACGAUUAAAGGAAGCACUUUCAGCUUCUUCAAUGUUCUCUUCAACGGUCACCAAUCUAGAUCCAAGGCUUGUUCCUCCUCUUCAGCAUGGAGUGGCAUCUUCUUCAAGUUCAACUCCAGUGGCAACAUCACAGCCAUCGGUAAUGCCAUUUGCAAGCAUGCAGUUUCCUCAGGCAACUUCACCAGUCAAACCAUUGGCUCAGGUUGGGCCUCCAGAACCAAGCUUGCAAAGUUCUCCUGCUAGAGAAGAGGGUGAGGUGCCAGAAUCAGAAUUAGAUCCUGAUACAAGGAGGCGGCUCCUUAUAUUGCAACAUGGACAAGAUACUAGAGAUCAUGCACCAAAUGAGCAACAAAUUCCUGUAAGACCUUCAAUGCAAGUUUCAGUUCCACGGGUGCAAUCUGGUGGAAGCUGGGUACCGGUGGAGGAAGAAAUGAGUCCUAGGCAACUGAACCGAGCAAUAUCAAGAGAAUUUCCUCUGGAUUCAGAACCAUUGCACCUUGAAAAGCACCGACCUCAUCAUACACCCUUUUUUCCCAAGGUUGAUAACUCUAUUCCAUCUGAUAGAAUGCUUCAUGAGAAUCAAAGAUUGCCAAAAGUGCUGCAGGCACCUCAUAGAGAUGAUCGGUUGAAAAUAAACCAUACCAUGUCCAAUUAUCAUUCUUUCUCAGGGGAGGAAAUUCCAUUGAGUCGAUCAUCCUCCAGCAACCGAGAUCUUGAUUUUGAAUCUGAACGAGCUGUUCCAAGUGCCGAAACACCAGUUGGAGUGUUACAAGAAAUUGCAAUGAAGUGUGGAGCCAAGGUGGAUUUCAGGCCUUCACUGGUCGAUAGCAGAGAUUUGCAGUUCUCCAUUGAGGCUUGGUUUGCAGGAGAGAAAGUUGGUGAAGGAAUUGGUAGAACAAGAAGGGAAGCCCAACAUCUUGCUGCUGAGGGUUCUAUUAAGAACCUGGCAAACAUAUAUAUGUCACGAGAUAAGUCAGAUAAUGGGACAUUGCAUGGGGAUGCGAGCAGAUAUCCUAGUGCAAAUGAAAAUGGCUAUUUGGGUAAUCUGCAUUCUUUUGGGUGUCAGCAAUUGCCCAAAGAUGAGCCUGUCUCAUCUGCUGCAAGCUCAGAGCCAUCAAGGCUUCUGGAUCCAAGACUGGAAGGCUCUAAGAAAUCAAUGGGUUCAGUUACUACACUUAAAGAAUUAUGCAUGAUGGAAGGCCUUGGAGUAAAUUUUCUCGCACAGACAGCACUCUCUUCUAAUUCAGGCCAGAAGGAUGAAGUACAUGCACAGGUCGAAAUAGAUGGACAGGUUAUGGGGAAGGGGAUUGGGUCAACAUGGGAGGAGGCGAAAAUGCAGGCUGCUGAAAGGGCCUUAAGAACAAUGUACGGUCAAUUUCCACCAAAACGUCAGGGUUCCCCAAGGCCAAUGCAAGGGAUGUCAAACAAACGUUUGAAAGUUCUGCAACGGAUGCCGUCAUCUGCUAGAUAUCCCAAGAAUGCUCCUCCUGUUCCUUGAAGAUGAUUACAACUUUUUAUGUUCCACUUUGAUGUUAAGGACUGGCAGGCUGUUUAGUUCCUGAAACCAACCUUCAGACUUCUUGAUCCAUGCGAAACAAAGCCAAGUGGAACACCAACCUGACAGACCUUUUUGCAGAUUUUGCUUCCUGACUGCUAUUCAACGAUGUUCAUAUUUCUGGAUUUCAAGCCACAUUUUUCUCCCCACUUUGAAUGCCGCCGUCAAAUUCCUCUGGUAGAACAACUCUUUCCAAUUCUCAGAACACUCUAGCUCGGCACGGAAAGGGAAGUUGGUUCUUUAUGUAUCCCCAAUUUUUUUGUGUGGUCGAUGCUGCCAGUUGCUGAGAAGAACCCACUUGGCUCGGACUGUUUAUAUUGUUCGUAUGUUUUAGCAGAAACAAAGAGGUGUGGGUGAAGAGCAGCUUCUGGCUGGUACUUAGGGUCUCUGCAUAUGCUAACCAUUGACAAUGUUAUUGUAAGCUAAUCAAUCAGUUGCUUUGGCAUUGUGCUCGUGACAAGGUUAAGCUGCAUACUGAGUUAGAGUGAGCAAAUGUAAUUCAGUUGUUUCUUUUUUCACUUGGUUGAAGGGGCAGAAAAUUUUCAUCUCAAUUCCUCUUCAUGUGGAUGACUAUAUUUUUCGGUCGAGAUACAUUAGGCUGAAUCUAUACUUACCUCUUAUACUAAUUAGAAUUAGCUUGUUGAACAGUUAACUAAAA